AACAAGUUUGAUCAAACUACCACGAGGUGCUUUUUUCCCCACUUAAACCCUGGUUGGUGGGGGCUGUAGGUAGCAGGUGGGCACUGUCAGAUAUAAACUGCACUCACAGUUCCUUUUACAGACAUCUGGAGGGAAGACAUUCAACUAAAAGCCUGAAAAUAACAGACGAUGGCCCCGCUCAAGACUGCUGUGCUUCUCUUCAUUUGUCUUGGAGGCUGUGCUCUGACUUCAGCUUUUAAUGUUGGUGCUUUCCAAAAUGUUCCAGACACCCUGAGAGAAACUGGGGACGUCUGCCAGGACUGCACCCAAAUAUUUGAACUCCUUGCUGACCUGCUUUCCAAUGCAGACCUCCAGAGAAAGAUCAUGGAUGGCAUUGAAAUUCUGUGCGACCACCUGCCUGGGCCGGCUACUACUGCCAAAAUGUGCAAAGACGAGGUGGAGAAGAUGCUUCCAUUGGCAAUCAACUUCAUUGCCAGUGUUGCAAAACCAGCUGAUGUCUGCAAAAUCCUCGGGCUCUGUGGCUCCCGUGAUAAGCAGAGGAAAAUGCUUCGCUAUUUUGUCAAAGAGGCCCUUCAGGUUUCUGAGACAAGUGAAAAUGUAAUACCCACAAAAGAAUGCACCUUCUGUAUUUUUCUCAUCAAGACUUUGGAGGACUUGCUGCCUAAAGAAGGGACUGAGGAUGCUGUGAUCGAGCUGCUGAAGGAGAUUUGCCAGAUUUUGCCCUCUUCUUACCGAGACAAGUGUGAGGCUGUCAUUGACAAGUUUACCAAGACGGUGUUGGAUGCCAUCAUGGCGUACGCCACCCCUCAGUCCAUCUGCUCCCUCAUCGGCAUGUGUAAAGGGCAGGAGGCUCCUGUCUUAGAUCCAUGCACACUGGCAGCAUACAGGUGCCAGGACAUGAAGACUGCCCUCAGAUGUGGAACUUUGUUUUACUGUCAGAAAUAUGCCUGGAAGCCUAUCAGCACGCUUUAAAGGGUUAAAGGUGGGACGAAAUAUGAGUCCAUGUCGGUGCCCCCAUGGACAACCCAGAUCUUUCAACAUCAAACUGCAAAUAUUUCUUAACUGCUUGACAGCUGUGGCAUUCUGACUGAUAGCAUUUCUUUCACAUACUGAUUUGAUAUCUGAAUGCAUUUUUUUGAUUUUGCAUUGUAUAUACUGUCUGCAUUGAGUGAGGGAAACCAGGAUUUAGGUUGACAAACUAUCACGUACAAAAAGAUUAUUUGAAUUUAAGGAUUAAAAGGAUGUGGAGCAGAUAGGAACGCUGCACUGCAGGAUCAGAAAGUUGAAUUAGAACAAAAGGAAAUGUUUUCACAAAUAUUCUGUAUACUAGAUAAGAAUUUUCUAUUUUUACCCUCUUUUUUUGGAAUGUACUAAACUCUUUACAUAUAUUGUUAACUGGCUUUAUCCUGAAUCCAGGAGAAUUAUCUGAAUAAAUGUAGUUAAAUAAACAAAACUGGAUCUGACCUCUCCUCUACCAUUAAUAGAGCGUUUUAAAGUUUUCAUAAUUAUCUAGAGUAUAAAAUGUAAUAAUUUGAUCCUUCUAUGUCAGCUCCUCCUGUCAUUGUGAAGCAGAAUUUACCAAGUGUUGGACUGUUCACCCACCAAUAGGGAAUGUGAGCUGGAUUUAAAUCAUCAUGAGACAGGUUAGUUUUACCCUACUGACAAUGUUUUGUUGCAAUAGUAAUCCUGCUCAGCAUGAGAGGAGCUGCAAGUUGAGGAAGCCUCAGCUGUUUUUGAGUCACGUGAUUAUUGACAUGUAUUUCAGAUGGCAACUCAUUAGAAAGCUUAUAAGACUGAGGAAGAGCGCUUUGGCUCGAAACGUCACUUAUUUCGCAGAAUAAAAUCCUUUAAGGGGAA